GAAACGAUGUGAAGAGAGAGACAGAGACAGAGAGAGCUUGAAGUUGAAACAAACAUAACGAAGUUGAUUUAUCUUUAUUUUCCUGGACAAAUAAAGUUGUUUUUUACUUCUAAACGCUAAACAUGACAGGAAGUCGUUCGCAGAAAGAGGUCUUGAGAAUAACUAUUAUUCGUGAAUUUAAUUUCUGUCUCUUUUGGUAACAACAGUGAUGUGCAAAUGUGAUGGUGUUCUCUAGGCCAGUAGAGGACUGUGUGGAUUAAAACGACGACAAGCAUGGAGUUCCCGCAGCAGCAGAAACCGGCGGGGGACAGCAAGAUCACCUACCCGCCCGGAGUGAAGGAAAUCACGGAGAAGAUAAGCAACGAUGAGGUGGUGAAACGGCUGAAGAUGGUGGUGAAGACCUACAUGGACAUGGACCAGGACAGCGAGGAGGAGAAGCAGCAGUAUCUGAACCUGGCUCUCCAUCUGGCCUCAGAGUUCUUCCUGAGGAACCCCAACAAGGAUGUGCGUCUCCUGGUGGCCUGCUGCCUGGCUGACAUCUUCAGGAUCUAUGCCCCUGAGGCCCCUUACACCUCACACGACAAACUGAAGGACAUCUUCCUGUUCAUCACCAGACAGCUGAAAGGACUGGAAGACACCAAGAGCCCACAGUUCAAUAGAUACUUCUACCUGCUGGAGAACCUGGCGUGGGUGAAGUCGUACAACAUCUGCUUUGAGCUGGAGGACUGCAACGACAUCUUCAUCCAGCUCUUCAAGACGCUCUUCUCUGUCAUCAAUAACAGUCACAAUCAGAAGGUCCAGAUGCACAUGUUGGAUCUGAUGAGUUCUAUAAUAAUGGAGGGAGACGGAGUCACACAGGAACUACUGGACACCAUCCUGAUCAACCUGAUACCUGCUCACAAGAACCUGAAUAAGCAGGCGUACGACUUGGCCAAGACUCUGCUGAAGAGGACCGUUCAGACCAUAGAGACAUGCAUCGCAAACUUCUUUAACCAGGUGCUGGUGAUGGGCAAGUCUUCAGUCAGUGAUCUGUCAGAGCACGUGUUUGAUCUGAUCCAGGAGCUGUUCUCCAUCGACCCUCUGCUGCUCACGUCUGUCAUGCCCCAGCUAGAGUUUAAACUCAAGAGUAACGACGGAGAAGAGCGUCUAGCUGUGGUCAGACUGCUGGCCAAGCUGUUUGGAGCCAAAGACUCAGAACUGGCCACUCAGAACAGACCGCUGUGGCAAUGCUUCCUGGGACGGUUCAAUGACAUCCAUGUCCCAGUGAGGCUUGAGUCGGUCAAGUUCGCUUCCCACUGUCUGAUGAACCAUCCAGACCUGGCCAGAGACCUCACAGAGUUCCUGAAAGUGCGAUCACAUGACCCAGAGGAGGCGAUCCGACACGACGUCAUCGUAACGAUCAUCAACGCCGGGAAGAAAGACCUGAACCUGGUUAACGACCAACUGCUGGGCUUCGUGAGGGAGAGGACCCUGGACAAGAGGUGGAGGGUUCGUAAGGAGGCGAUGAUGGGUUUGGCCCAGUUGUUUAAGAAGUACUGUCUCCAUCAUGAGGCUGGGAAGGAACAGGCCCAGAAGAUCUCCUGGAUCAAAGACAAGCUGCUCCACAUCUACUACCAGAACAGCAUUGACGACAAGUUGUUAGUAGAGAAGAUAUUUGCUCAGUACAUGGUUCCUCACAGUCUGGACACCGAGGAGAAGAUGAAAUGUCUCUACUACCUGUAUGCCUGUCUAGAUACCAACGCUGUCAAGGCUCUGAAUGAGAUGUGGAAGUGUCAGAACAUGUUGAGAGGUUUGGUCAGAGAACUGCUGGACCUUCACAAACUACCUGCCUCUGAAGCCAACACCACGGCCAUGUUUGGAAAGCUGAUGACCAUUAGCAAGAACCUCCCUGAUGCUGGUAAGGCCCAGGACUUCAUGAAGCGGUUUAACCAGGUGUUAGGAGAAGAUGAGAAGCUCCGAGUCCAGCUGGAUACUCUCAUCAGCCCAACCUGCUCCUGUAAACAGGCUGAACUCUGUGUGAGGGAGAUUACUCGUAAACUGACGUUCCCUAAGCAGCCCACCAACCCUUUCCUGGAGAUGGUGAAGUUCCUGUUGGAACGCAUCGCUCCCGUCCACAUCGACUCCGAGGCCAUCAGUGCUCUGGUCAAGCUGCUGAAUAAGUCUAUUGAGGGAACGGCUGAUGAUGAUGAGGAAGGUGUCACACCAGACACCGCCAUCCGCUCUGGACUGGAACUACUGAAGGUUCUGUCCUUCACCCACCCCACAGCGUUCCACUCUGCUGAGACGUAUGAGUCUCUGCUUCAGUGUCUGAAGAUGGAGGAUGACAAGGUGGCCGAGGCGGCCAUUCAGAUCUUCAGGAACACGGGACAGAAAAUAGAGACCGAGCUACAGCAGAUACGAUCGACCCUGAUCCCAGUCCUUCAUCAGAAGGCUAAACGUGGGACCCCCCACCAGGCCAAACAGGCUGUCCACUGUAUCCACGCCAUCUUCUGUAACAAGGAGGUCCAGCUGGCGCAGAUAUUUGAGCCUCUCUCUCGUAGUCUGAACGCUGACGUCCCAGAACAGUUGAUAACCCCCCUGGUCAGUCUGGGUCAUAUCUCUCUACUGGCUCCAGAUCAGUUUGCCUCCCCCAUGAAGGCCAUCGUGGCCAACUUCAUCGUCAAGGACCUGCUCAUGAAUGACAGGUCUGUAGGAAACAAAAAUGGGAAGCUGUGGACAUCUGACGAAGAAGUCUCUCCUGAGGUGCUGGCUAAGGUGCAGGCCAUUAAGCUGUUGGUGCGUUGGCUCCUCGGUAUGAAGAACAACCAGUCUAAAUCGGCCAACUCCACCCUCCGACUGCUGUCCGCCAUGCUGGUCUCAGAGGGAGACCUCACAGAACAGAAGAAGAUCAGUAAGUCAGACAUGUCUCGUCUGCGUCUGGCAGCAGGAGGAGCCAUCAUGAAGCUGGCCCAGGAACCGGUUUACCAUGACAUCAUCACACCGGAACAGUUCCAGCUCUGUGGGCUGGUUAUCAACGAUGAGUGUUACCAGGUGCGUCAGAUCUUUGCCCAGAAGUUACACCUGGCUCUGGUCAAGCUGCUCCUCCCGUUAGAGUACCUGGCCGUCUUCUCGCUGUGUGCCAAAGACCCGGUCAAGGAGAGGAGGGCCCACGCCAGACAGUGUCUGCUCAAGAACAUCAGUAUCAGACGGGAAUUCAUCAACAACAACCCCCUGGCCCACGAUAAGAUGAUGUCUCUCCUACCAGAGUAUGUGGUUCCUUAUAUGAUCCACCUGUUGGCUCAUGACCCAGACUUCACCAAGCCACAGGACUUUGAACAGCUCCGAGACCUCAAGGAGUGCCUGUGGUUCAUGCUAGAGGUGUUGAUGGUGCAGAAUGAGAACAACAGUCACGCCUUCCUGAGGAAAAUGGUGGAGAACAUCAAGCAGACCAAAGACGCACAGUGUCCUGAUGACCCGAAGGCUAACGAGAAGCUGUACAUCGUGUGUGACGUGGCCUUGUUCGUGAUCGUUAACAAGUCGACCGCCUGUCAUCUGGAGUCUCCUAAAGACCCCGUCCUGCCCUCCAAGUUCUACACUCCUCCUGACAAGGACCUGAUCAAUGAUAAGGAGUAUUUAUCAUCAGAGGCCAGAACGGUGCUGCUGACGGGAAAGCCAAAGCCAUCUCCUGUCUUGUCUACAGUGAAUAAGACUCUGACAGUGCCAGGUAGGAGAGUCUACAACAAGACCACCGGCUCAGACAGCAACACCAGUACCCACUCCCAGCCCAGCUCUCCUGUUACCAAGACCAGGGAUGUUGUGACGGAGUCGUCAGAGGGCGGGGCGAGAGAGAAUGAAGAGAACCCUGUUAUCACCAAGACGGACGACGGGAAGAAGGAGGACACAGUGACCUCUGACCUCACCACAGGUGCGUCAACCAUCCCUAAACCUCGCCGCGGACGUCCCCCCAAGGCCACACCCUCCCCUCUGGCCAAUGAGAAGGAAGGAGGGGCAGGCAAAGGCAGGAAGAGGGCGGCACCUGCCCAGGACUCCGCCCCCUCGGGGGAGCCAAACUCCAUCAAGAUCCCUAAAGCUGAGGAUGUGACGCAGAUCCUAGACCUGCAGAGGUAAACAGCAGACCACUGCAGCCCAGAUCAAGACCCUGAAGAAACUCUCUCUCUCUCUUUCUCUCUCUUUCUCUCUCUUUCUCUCUCUCUCUCUCUCUCUCUCUCUUUCUCUCUCUCUCUCUCUCUUUCUCUCUGUCUCUCUCUCCAGCUCUUCAGGCCUCUCUCUCUCUCUCCAGACUCUUCUAGGAUGAAAGGCCUUGUAGUCCUGAUCUGAUUCUCCGUUGUAUGUGGGUCUUAAUCUCCAAAACAUUGUUUUCGUUGCUCUUUAUCUUUUGUGGAGCAGUUGUUUUGAAAAGAAAUAUUUCCAAACCGUUUUAAUCUGGUUUUGAUUACAAAACAAGUUGUUGCUUAUUAAAUUCCCCCCCAGGAUAUAUUGCCUCUUCCUCCUCUAUCCCCUACUUCCUGUCUCUCUCUGUCCCCUCCUUCCUGUCUCUCUCUGUCCCCUCCUUCCUGUCUCUCUCUGUCCCCUCCUUCCUGUCUCCCUCUAUCCCCUACUUCCUGUCU